GUCCUUCUUCUGCAGCAGAAUCCAGAGGUUACACAUGGCUGUUUUGAGUCUGGAACUACUGCAGGAGGGAGAGGCCCCGCGCGCCGUUUCUCCUGCCGAAGAAGGCCGCUUUGGAAAAAUGAUCAUAAGGACACCUGGUCGCACAGCGUCGUCUGCAUUUUUCCUCUUGUUCUUUGUGUGUAUCUAGGAAUCUGGUCGAUAUAAGACUCUCAUUGUGUGUUUUACAUCAUUCCACUGUUCUUCUUUGUUCUUUGGUUCACAUCUCGACCCAAUCUGGAAAUAUAUUCACCUCCCACUUACACGGACCCAAGACCCCACUGAAACAGCUCCCAAGACCUGCCUACCAGCUUAGCGCCCUUGCCGCUAAAAUGCCAGCUGGGAAGACGCUGGACGAAUUUGGCAGGGAUGAAUAUGGCCUGCCAGGAGACAAGCAAUGGGCUUCAAAAUAUCUCUUAGAGCCACUAUAUGAGCCUGAACCAAGCCAGGUUUGCGCAACAAGAUUUACACCCCUGCCACCAUCGCCACCAGCUUCAACAAAGUCGCCAACAACACCAACCCGCUCGGCAGUUGGCAGCAUCCGACGAAAGUUUCAGCACACCAGGAACGUAUCUUAUACCGAAGGUGACGAAGAAGAACAGCCCUUUCUCCGUCGUCUCCUGAGCAGAACAAGCAGCAUCCGAAGCACCCGCAGCAGUCUCAGUCUGAACAGGCAACUCCCGCCCUCACCACCAGGAGUAGACCGCACCCUAUCCACCCGCUCAGCCAUUCCACUCAGACCAAGCCACAACCGCAACUGGUCCCAGGGCACAAUCCUCUCCCGCGCCAACAGCGUAGCAACUUCUACACCAACAUCCCCCAGACCCCCCAGCAAAAUGUCCAACCAGUUCUUCCCCUCCACCACCACCACCACCACCCGCAACCGCUCCUCCUCCCUCAACCACCCCCCACCACCCCCAUCAGACGAAUCCUUCCCCAUCCGCCGCGGCAACUCCCUCCGCCUCAAAGACCGCUACCCAGGAGACCAAUCCCACCGUCCCCUAGCUAUGCUCUCCUCCUCCCACCGCGCCGCCAACCGCCACGUCCGCCCCACCUCUUCCCACGCCCGUCCCUUUGCCGACCCAAUAGACCAGCUGGACCAGUCCUCCCCCUUUUCCCCCUACCACCACCCUGGCCCGUAUGACCCCACGCUGAUCCCGUACAACACCAACAAGAAGUACUCUCCCCUGGAGGCGGUCAAAUCCUCCAACGAGGAGGCGAUCAAGGCUACGCCGGUGGAGUAUGUAAAGGACAGCUUGACGAAGCAUGUGCCGCUGCAGGGGACGGCGGUUGUGCCGCCUGGGGAGAGGGAUGUUAUGACGGGGAGGAGGAUGGGGGAGUAUCAAGAGGGGGCUGAUUUGAUGAGGGAACAAAGUGCGGGCGGGGGCGCGUAUAAGAGGUGGCCUGGGGUGGAGUACAGGGAGGGGGAUUUGAAGGGGAAGGGGGAGGGUUGGUAUUCUGGGGUUGGGGCUGCUGAGGAGGAGGAAAGGAGGCGGGUGGCUAAGAAGAGGGGGGGUAUUUGGCUAGGAGUAUUAGUGGGGAUGGGAAGGGGGGUGCUUAUGAGAUGCAGCAGCCUUCUCAGAGGGGUUUGAUGGCUAGUGGGAGUGAGGAGAAGGAUGGGGGGGUGAGGCAGAGGCAGAGGGUGGUUGAUAAUGAGGAGGAGACGGCCAUGUUGCCGGAGCAGGUUGUUGGGGAGGGGUCGUAUCGGGGGGGGUUGGAGAGGAGUAAGAGUGGGAGGGCGAGCGGGGGGUUGGGGGAGAAGUUGAAGAGGAAGAUUGGGAGUUUGAGGGGAAGGAAGGAGAGGAGGGUUGGUGAUGGGGAUUAUUACUGAUGGUUUUGAUCUGGUCAGGAUUUCCUUUGCUAUGAUGUCUCGGGUAUGGGUUUCAAUAUUUGGAUUCUUUUUGGGUAAAGAGAACUGGGCAUACACAGGGAUAUAUGGAGAGAAAUUUUUUCUUACGCGUCAACUUAUUGAGGAGUUACGAAGGCGAUGUAUUUAUGUAGAAUAUUUCACA